UAACGAGAAGCGGGGGAAGUGAGGUGCCCUUCCAACUUCGGAAGGUACCCUCCGUUUCUCCUCCACGCCGUCCAAAUCUCCUCUCUCUCUCUCUCUCUUGCUCGCUUUUACUUCUAUAAAUCCUCUCUCUCUCUCUCUCUCUCUCUCUCUCUGCCCUUCUCUAUCGGGAGCUCUCUUGCGGAGGCGGAGGAGGAGGAGGAGGAGGAGAAGUGAAGGAGAAGAGGAAAGCUACUAGUUGUUUUUGGCUUGGUCCCCAUGUGGCCCUACUUUGAUCCUGAGUAUGAAAAUCUCAGCCAACGUAUGAAUCCUCCAAGAGUAUGUAUAGACAAUACCACCUGCAGUGAUUGCACCCUGGUUAAGGUGGACAGCAUGAACAAGCCAGGGAUACUGCUGGAAGUGGUGCAGGUACUGAGCGACCUGGACCUCUUCAUCUCCAAAGCUUACAUCACUUCAGAUGGCAGAUGGUUCAUGGACGUGUUCCAUGUGACGGAUCAGCAAGGGAAUAAGAUAACCGACCAGAAGACCAUAGAGUACAUUGAGAAGGCACUAGGUCCAGAGAGCAAUAUUCUAGGCACAAAAGGAGACUCUUGGCCAGGAAAAUCAGUUGGAAUGCACUCAAUUGGUGAUUACACUGCCAUCGAGCUUAUAGGCACAGACCGCCCAGGCCUCCUAUCUGAAAUCUUUGCUGUCCUUGCAAAUCUUCAUUGCAAUGUAAUAGCUGCUGAGGUCUGGACUCACAAUAUGAGAGUUGCUUGCAUUCUCUUUGUUAACGACGAGGCCACCUUUCAAGCUGUGGAUGACCCAAGUCGCUUGUCUAAAAUGGAGGAGCAGCUCAGGAACGUUUUACGUGGGUGUGGAGAUGAUGUCAGGGGUGCUCGCACCAGCUUCUCUAUAGGUACGACCCAUGUGGAUCGUCGUCUCCACCAGCUAAUGCUUGCCGACAAGGACUAUGAAAUUGGUGGUUCAGUAGCCGAAAGGAAUGAGGUCAUACCGUUCAGACCAGUCAUCACAAUUGAUCAUUGCGAGGAAAAAGGGUACUCUGUUGUGAAUAUAAAGUGCAAAGAUCGACCAAAGUUGUUAUUCGACAUUGUCUGCACAUUGACCGAUAUGCAAUUUGUCGUUUUUCAUGCAUCGGUCUCAUCUGAUGGCCCCUAUGGUUUGCAGGAGUUAUAUAUACGUCACAAAGAUGGCUUCACCCUUGACUCAAAAGAAGAAAAGGAGAUGGUGAUUAAGUGCCUUGAAGCUGCGAUUUCAAGAAGAGUAUCUGAGGGAUUCAGUCUAGAGCUAUGCGGAAGAGACCGAGUAGGCUUGCUCUCUGAUGUGACAAGGGUUCUUCGGGAGUAUGGCUUGACGGUGACGAGGGCUGAUGUGACAACCAUCGGAGAGCAGGCAAUGAAUGUCUUCUAUGUGAGAGAUGCGUCAGGGAAUCCAGUGGACAUGAAGACCAUUGAAGCACUCCGUCGAGAGAUUGGGCACACCGUGAUGCUCAAUGUGAAGAGAGUGCCUUCCAGUGCCAGUGCCAGUGCCAAGGCUCCCCAGCCCAGUCGCGGGGCCAGGAAAGGCUUCUCCUUUGGCGGCUUGCUUGGAAGAUUCUGGGGUUGAUGGGAUCCAUGAUAGUAGCUUUUCUGACUCUGUGGCCUUGUCGAUUGGGACCUUCCCCUAAACCUAUACUGAAAACUGUGACCUGCGCGCAUUCCGAGACCAAACAGGCUUGAGGGUUCGCAUGAGCAGAGGACAGCGUCCAAUUCCAGCAUGAAUUGUAUCAAAUGGUUAGUUACCUAUCGAGCUCUUUUCACCAAUGUAGAUCCCUCUUAUAUUAUUCUAGCAUAAUCUUUAAAUCGUCACCUCAAGUGUCAGUUUCAUGAAAUCCUCCUCUCAUUUGUUCUAGCCAAACGAUCGUCUAUGUGAUUAUUUUAAUCCUUGGAGUCGCCAUGUUGGGUUGUAAGGCAUUGCUUAUCUAGCAGCGAAAAUGGAGAAUAUACUUGUGAGAAUC